CGCACAUCACAAAGAGCACACAACCGAGCGAGCAAGCAACAGUUCGUGUUCCCACUAGCUAGGUACUACGUGCACGAACAACCCUAGCUCGACCGAUCAGGUUUAGCCAGCCGAAAUGGACAUGGGCUUCCCCGGCGCGGCGAACGGCGCUGCGGCGGCGGCCGCGGGGAACGGCAGCGGCGGCGGGCAGGCGCCGGCAGUGCGCGAGCAGGACAGGCUGAUGCCGAUCGCGAAUGUGAUCCGCAUCAUGCGCCGCGUGCUGCCGCCGCACGCCAAGAUAUCGGACGACGCCAAGGAGACGAUCCAGGAGUGCGUGUCCGAGUACAUCAGCUUCAUCACGGGGGAGGCCAACGAGCGGUGCCAGCGCGAGCAGCGCAAGACCAUCACCGCCGAGGACGUGCUCUGGGCCAUGAGCCGCCUCGGCUUCGACGACUACGUCGAGCCCCUCAGCAUCUACCUCCACCGCUUCCGCGAGUUCGAGGGCGAGGCGCGGGGCGCCGGCGUCGGCCACCAUCACCACGGGAUGCCGCCCAUGAUGCUCAAACCCCGCGGGGCGCCGGGGCCCAUGGUGCCGCACGGCGACAUGCAGAUGCACGCCGCCGGCAUGUACGGCGGGGGCGCCAUGCCCCCGCAUCCGCACCAUCCGUUCCACAUGCCGGCGCACCACGGCCAGUACCCGCAGUACGAGAUGUACGGCGGCGAGCAUGGGAUGGCCGCGUACUACGGAGGGCCCUACGCUCCCGGAAACGGCGGCAAUAAUGGCGACGGGAGUGGCAGCAGCGGCAAUGGCCAUGGCGGUGAAAGCACGCCGCCGGCGGGCAACUUUGAGCACCAUCAGACGUUCGGGUACAAGUAGCGAUCUAACCCUGCGUAUCUGCAUGCACCGAAGGAACGCGUGCAGUAGCUAGCAUCUAGCGGCUAAUGCAGCCUGUUGAAACUACCUUAGGCGCAUCUAGCCACUUUUAUCCAGUUUGCAUUUGCCACGUUCGCGCUGCGAGCAUCCAGUUUCACUGUUCGUGUAGUAUCUUUCUAAGUUUAGUGCAGUGCACAUUAGUGUGUAGUGCGCGUCUUCUAAAUUUAGCUGUGCUGCAAUCAUCGCGAUGGAGCACCAUCGAUCUAUCUCCUAAACUUAGUUAUGUAAUCGAAGGGAUCAAACCGUCAUGCGAAUUCAAAGACUUGUCUGUUAUGCAUUUUAACCA